CCCGCCAUUCUUUCUCUUAUAUUCUCCUUUUCCAAAGCCAAAGCACCCACUACAAAACUAGUUCUUCUUUCUUUCCUUGAGCUUCACUGUUUAUUUAUUCAUGCAUCCUUCACUCCAUUGACAGCAACUCAUACUGUUCUGUUUUUGCUACUCUUCACUGAUGAGUGUAUAUGUUCUUCUGCUGCUCAUCAUAGUCCCUGCUGUUUCUGGCUUGAAUUUAACAAAUGAGGAAGUUACUGCUCUUCUCUCUUUCAAGUCUUCUGUUUCUUAUGAUCCAGAUGAUUCUCUGAGCAACUGGAACUCCUCCAUUGAUGAGAACCCAUGCUCUUGGGAUGGCAUUACAUGCAAGCAAGGUAAGGUGGUUUCUUUGAGCAUACCAAGGAAGGGGCUUGUGGGUUAUUUGCCUGCUGCUCUUGGCUCUCUUUCUUCUCUCAGGCAUCUCAAUCUCAGGAGCAAUAGACUCUUUGGCAACCUUCCAUUAGAGCUCUUCUUUGUAAAGAGCCUCCAAAGUCUUGUUCUUUAUGGCAACUCCUUGUCUGGACCUCUUCCUCAAGAGAUCAGCAACUUUACUUCCUUGCAGAAUUUGGACCUCUCCCACAAUCUCUUCAAAGGCUUGAUACCUUCCUCAUUGAUUCGAUGUCAAAGGUUGAGGUCACUUCACUUGAGCAACAACAACUUCUCUGGUCCCUUGCCAAAUGGCUUUGGCAGAAGUUUGGUUUUUCUUGAAAGACUAGACCUUUCUUUUAACUCGCUGAAUGGUUCCAUCCCUGGUGACAUUGGUGAGCUUUCUAGUCUUCAAGGAACUGUGGACUUGUCCCAUAAUUUGUUCUCUGGCUUGAUUCCUCCCAGUCUUGGCAAUGUCCCAGAUAAUGUGUACAUUGAUCUCAGUUUCAAUAAUUUGAGUGGUCUCAUUCCACAGAAUGGAGCUUUGGUGAAUAGAGGGCCAACAGCAUUUAUAGGGAACCCUGCUCUAUGUGGUCCUCCAUUGAAGAGACCUUGUUCUUCUUCCUCAGUUGUUGUGAGCAGUCCAUCCUCACCACUCCCUUUUCAGCCUAACAAUUACCAACCAAUGAGCAGUGUUCCUAACAAUGGAGUCAGUGACAACCACAGAGGCAUGAGCAAAGGCCUGGUCAUCGCCAUCAUCAUAAGCGAUGUUAUCGUACUCUUUGUGAUUGCAUUUGUCUUCUUUUACUGCUACAAGAGAGCAACUUCUUCGCUGAGAAAGGAGAAGGUGGAGGAAAUUGCCUCAAACAACAAUAAGGGUAAUAAUAGCCGGAAGGAAUGCCGGUGUUUCUUUGCGAAGGGUGAAUCAGAGACAAUAUCAGAAGAUACAGAACAGAUUGAUCUGGUGCCUUUGGAUGACCUUGUGCGUUUUGAUAUCGAUGAGCUAUUGAAGGCUUCAGCUUUUGUUCUCGGCAAAAGCUGGAUGGGAAUUGUGUAUAAGGUUGUGUUGGAGGAUGGAUUGAACUUGGCUGUGAGGAGAUUGGGAGAGGGAAGCUCACAGAGGCUUAAAGAGUUCAAAACGGAGGUGGAGGCAAUUGGAAAGAUUAGACAUCCUUGUAUUGUUUCUUUGAGAGCUUAUUACUGGUCUAAUGAAGAGAAACUGCUAAUUUAUGAUUACAUAACUAAUGGCAACCUCUCUGCUGCAAUUCACGGCACACCAGGAAUGGUUGAAUUUAAGCCGAUGUCCUGGACUAUGAGGUUAAAUAUUAUGAGAGGAAUUGCUCAGGGUCUGGCAUUUCUGCAUGAGUUCAGUCCAAAGAAGUGUGUCCAUGGUGAUCUCAGGCCAAACAACAUCCUUCUUGGCCAAAACAUGGAACCUUACAUAUCUGAUCUCGGUCUCAACCGUCUCGUUAACAUAGUACGAGGAUCUUCAUUGCUGCCGUCAGAACGGAUGAACGCUGAUAAACCUCAAAUUCAACAAACCGAUGUUCCCGGGAGCCCAGCCCCGAAGCUCGGAUCAUGUUAUCAUGCUCCAGAAACACUGAGGACUCUGAAACCUUCUCAGAAAUGGGAUGUAUACUCAUAUGGAGUGAUUCUGAUGGAAAUGAUUUCUGGUAGACCUCCAAUGGUUCUGUUGGAUACUUCAGAAGUAGAUCUUGUUAAGUGGGUUGAGUUCUGCAUUGAACAGAAAAGACCACUAGCAGAUUUGUUGGACCCUCAAUUAGUUCCUGAACUGCAGAAAGAAAAUGAGAUGGUUUAUGUGCUUAAGAUUGCCUUAGCAUGUGUUCAAAUCAAUGCCGAAAGGAGGCCAAGUAUGAGGAAUGUGGUUGACACUCUGGAUAAGUUAACUCAUGUGAAAUAGACAGGUCUCUCUGAUGAGAUUACUGAUUGCUCGUUUGCAUCUCACAGUAUUAAUUCAUAAACCAACGCAUGAUCUAUUGCCUCAUACACCAUGGAAAGAAUAGAAUGCUGAUCAUAGUUCUCAAUCUUUUGCUGAAUGUUAAACUAUAGGUGGUGUUUAUUAAUGUUAUUGUCAGAUAAUUAUGUUUGUGGUUUCUGUUGUUA